CAGGACUCAGUGUACUGGUUUUUCCUCUGUUGCAUUAGUAAUAACAGCAGCGUUGACGGAAGACAGCGGGAGAGUGUGUGUGUGUCUCCGACAGCAGCGCCCAGCGGAGGAAUAUUUGAGCUUUUUAUUUACUCUGCAGCUUGUUGUUCAUUUUCUCUGCGUUAUGGUGAACUUGGACAGUCACGUGUGAAGAUCUCUGCAAGUACAGAGGACGACGACUUCUCACCUGGUGUGUCCCUUUGACUUUACCAAGAGGGAAAUAUACCUGCCAUUUUUUCGUGAUAGCUGACAUCGCUGGACUCCUUCCACUCCUGUGACGGACAACAACAGCAAGUUUUUUCCUUUAGGGAUGAAAUAUGCCCGCUCUGCGUCCGUAGAACAGGCCAGAAAACACACUCUCUAGACUCUGAAGUGGUUUUAAAUCAUGAUGAUGCAGGAGUCGGCCACAGAGACAAUAAGCAACAGUUCAAUGAGUCAAAAUGGAAUGAGCACCCUAAGCAGCAGCCAAUUAGAGGCUGGCAGUAGAGAUGGGAGAUCAAGCGCUGGUGACACGAGCAGCGAAGUAAGCACAGUCGAGCUGCUGCAUCUGCAACAACAGCAGGCUCUACAAGCAGCGAGGCAAUUACUCUUGCAGCAGCCAGGCAGUGGCCUGAAAUCUCCAAAGAGCCAGGACAAGCAGCGUCCACUGCAGGUUCCAGUAUCGGUGGCCAUGAUGAGUCCCCAGGUGAUCACGCCGCAGCAGAUGCAGCAAAUCCUCCAGCAGCAGGUGCUUUCCCCCCAGCAGCUCCAGGCCCUGCUCCAGCAGCAGCAGGCUGUUAUGCUGCAGCAGCAACACCUGCAAGAGUUCUAUAAGAAACAGCAGGAGCAGCUUCACUUGCAGCUUCUCCAGCAGCAGCACCCUGGAAAGCAGGCUAAAGAGCAACAGCAGCAGCAGCAGCAGCAGCAGCAGCAGCAGCAGCUGGCCGCCCAGCAGCUCGUCUUCCAGCAGCAGCUCCUGCAGAUGCAGCAGCUCCAGCAGCAGCAGCACCUGCUCAACAUGCAGCGGCAGGGCCUGCUGUCGCUGCCUGGGCCCGCCCCCGGCCAAGCCGCCCUGCCUGGACAGACCCUGCCCCCGCCAGCUGGCCUGAGCCCUGCAGAGCUCCAGCAGUUGUGGAAGGACGUGACCGGAGGCAGCGGUCACGGCAUGGAAGACAACGGCAUCAAACACGGAAGCGGCAGCACCGGCGCCGGUGGCAGUGGCGGCGGCGGCGGCGGCCUAGACCUCUCCACCAACAACUCCUCCUCAACUACCUCCUCCUCCAACCCCUCCAAAGCAUCACCGCCCAUCUCCCACCAUUCCAUCGCCAACGGACAGUCCCCCGCCCUCAACCACAGAAGAGAGAGGGAACGGGAACGGGAACGGGAAAGGGAGCGAGAGAGCUCGUUACAUGAGGAAAGUGGAGGAUCCCACUCCCUGUACGGUCAUGGCGUGUGUAAGUGGCCCGGCUGCGAGAGCAUCUGUGAGGACUUCGGACAGUUUUUGAAGCACCUUAACAGUGAACACGCCCUAGAUGAUCGGAGCACAGCCCAGUGUCGAGUCCAGAUGCAAGUGGUGCAGCAACUGGAAAUACAGCUUUCUAAAGAACGUGAGCGUCUUCAGGCGAUGAUGGCCCACUUGCACAUGCGGCCCUCGGAACCCAAGUCAUCUCCCAAACCAUCUCUGUCCUCAGUGGAGGCCUUUACAUGCUAUCCAGCCUUUGUCCCAAACCAUCCCUGUAGCAGCUCAUUACAGCUAAGUGGGCAUCUUAACUUGGUGUCCAGCGUCACCAUGUCCAAGAACCUGCCCUCAGUGUCACCCCCCAACUUACCUCAGACCCCCACCACACCCACGGCGCCUAUCACACCCAUGGCCCCCAUGCCUCAGGUACCCUCAGUACUGGGCGGAGCCAACGUCCCCAGUAUGGGAGCCAUGCGCAGACGCCAUUCCGACAAAUACUCCAUGCCCCUGUCGUCAGAGAUUGCCCCAAACUACGAGUUUUAUAAGAACGCAGAUGUCAGACCGCCAUUUACUUAUGCAACCCUCAUAAGACAGGCUAUCAUGGACUCUAAUGAUAUGCAGUUAACGCUUAAUGAAAUCUACAGCUGGUUCACGCGCACGUUUGCGUACUUCAGACGCAACGCUGCAACCUGGAAGAACGCCGUGCGCCACAACCUCAGUCUGCACAAGUGCUUUGUGCGCGUGGAGAACGUGAAGGGCGCAGUGUGGACAGUAGACGAGGUGGAGUACCAGAAACGCAGGUCGCAGAAGAUCACAGGAAGCCCAACACUUGUCAAGAACCUGCCCUCCAGUCUUGGCUAUGGAGCAGCACUAAACGCCAGCUUACAGGCUGCCCUUGCUGAGACCUCCCUGCCUCUGCUGGGCACUCCCGGUCUGAUGAACAGCAGCUCCUCGGGCCUGAUGGGUGGUAGCCCCCAUGGCCUAAUGGGUGGGAGCCCGCCCGGCCUGAUGGGUGGAAGCCCCCCCGGCCUAACGGGCGGGAGUCCACCAGGACUGCUGGGUGGCAGUCCUCCCGGUACGCUGAGCGGCAGCCCCCCCACCCUGUUGCAGUCCGCCCAUGAGGAGCUCAACGGCUCACUCGAUCACCUGGACACCAACGGACACAGCAGCCCUGGCUACUCCCCACCAGGACACAUGUGUUUUGCAGUAAAUUUUGCACAUAUCAGACUGAAUCAAAUGCCACCAAUUCACGUUAAGGAGGAGCCACUGAACAUGGAUGACGACGACUGUCCGAUGUCACUGGUGACGACAGCCAAUCACAGUCCAGAGCUGGAGGAGGACCGGGAGCUGGAGGAAGGGAACCUAUCAGAGGACCUGGAGUGACCAGUGGUCUGGUCACUGUAUCCCUCCACCCAGCCGCACUGUUUCUCUCACACAGACCUCCUGCAAGACUAGAAACCACUCCACAACCCAAACGAACACAGCUGACUCUCUCUCUGUCUCUCUCACCACUGGGACUAUUUAUUGAGCAUGCAUCCGGAUGGAGACCGGCCCAAAGGAACUCUUUGUUGCAGCCCUUUGGGAUCCCCAAACAUGACAGGCAUGAGAUGUCUGAUUUUUAAAAAAAAUAACUCUUUGAGACCUGUUUCAUUUGAGAUGGCGUGGCCACGUUCAGUACACGACAGAUAUGGAUGAUGAACUCAUGGAUGGGGAAAAAAAACACAAAACAAAUGAGCAAAUCUGUUCUGUUGAAAGCUAGCGGCCUCAUAUACUGCCAAAAAAAGGAAGAUGUUUUACGUUUGUGAAUAAUUCAACCCACAGUAGCUGUUGAUGUCUAGAGACAAUUGCUGGUUCAAUUCAAGUUGUUGCUCUGUUAUCAUUUGCACAGGAGUAGUCUCAGAAAUUAGUGUCACUGCCUGUAUGUUGCUAUUAUGAAAACCAGUAUUUUAUUUUCAGCUCUGUUUUUUUCAUUGUUAAUUUCAGAAUAUGAUUUUAGACACCACCAACUGUAAAUGCCAUUCCCUGAGUCACACCAGUAACAGAACUGCGGUACCAAGACUGUUCUUGCAGCUGUAGAAAAAAAAAAAAAAAAAGUUGGCUUCCAGUCUAUUAUCUGUUUGUGAUGAAAAGUGGAAAAAAAGACAGGAAAUUAAGUUGGGGGGAAAAAAUUACUGCAUAAUUGUUUGUGUAAAGCACCAUUUACGAAACAAAUGCAUUUCUGCAUAAUUUUCUUCUUGCCGUUCUCCUUACCUCCUCGUUCUAAAGCUUUGUCUACCUGCAAACAGUCACAGGCAACAGCUAGAAACCAAAGCCAACACUAGCAAUGGCCAAUAGCUUAUAGACAGAAGCCACCAAACUCCUCUUGGUCAGCCUUCUGUGACUUUAAACUAGUACAAAGAGAAGCUUUUUCCGCAAACUACCUUCGAAUAACCUCUGGGAUUGUUUCGUUUAGCCCUGUACAAAGAUGAUUAAGAGAAAGAGAGGAAAAAAAAUACUGAUUUUGAUGUGUAAUUUGAGAACUCGUAGAACGUCCACUUUGGAGCGUAGAGGAGAUUUCUGCCAGAUGUAGGGAAGAGGUGAUGUGAUAUUUGAACUACAGGCAUUUUGUGCUGGUGAUUUGACUGGUAGAGAGCAGCUAACUGUAAAAGUGGAUCAUGACCAAAACAAAACAUUUGUGUAUUCAAUGGAAGUGCAGAAACAUUGUGUUGUUGUGAAGCUUGUUAUUUGACCAUUCUUUUUUCUUUUUCUUUUUUUUUUACUUUCCUUUCCUCUUUUCUUUUUUUUUCUUAGCUUGUGUUACACAUCAUGUCAUUGUUUUGUUUUCUUUUUUUUUUUUUUCUAACCUGGUGAAUAUGUAAUGUUCUAAGUGGGACUGUCAAACUAAUGUCACGUCUUAUUUCCGUGGCGGUUUUGUUCCGAGCCGCGUCGAAACCGAAACUGAAAACAUCGCUAACCAAACAUUAAAAAUAUCUAGUGAAGCCAAAUAAGUCAUAAUUUCAACUUGAUAUGAAAUGAUGUGGCUUGGUUACCAUGUAAAAGCAAAUAAUAAUAGCCAUUGUAGAAGAGGAUAUCUAAGGUGAAAGGGGAACCUUUUCUAGGUGAUAUUUGCUUUAACCUGUCAUCAAAUACUCAUUGUGUUUCAUAGCUUCUUAACUAUAUAGAUACAACUGGUGUUACCUUCACUGCACUGAUGUACUCUGUAUAGAUAGCCAGCGUUUUAUAACACAUUUGGUAUUUCUAGUGACCGCAGAGAAGUAGCUAUUGUGGAGACUACGUCCCAUCAUUUCCCUCACAGCUAAUGUCAUCUAGAAAAGUGUCGUUGCUUUAAAUGGUCAUUUCUGUUUUCAGUCAAACCAAAGUUACACAAAAUUCUGCCUCCUCUUGUAUGGGAUAAAGAAACGAUAAAACCAACCACACACACACCCUUUCUGAGACUAGCAUACACGCAUGCAAACACACUCACAGAUACACAGGCCCUGAGCUUUUUAAAAGGUCUGCCAGCUUUCUUGGUCCUUUGUUUUGGUAAAUCUCCAGCUGCAGAAAAUGUAUGCUGUCAAAGAACUGACUGGCUUUGUAUUGUACUGUAACGAGCAAAGUGUGUGUGCCCGCUCUGAGCAAAAUGGGAACACACUGUGCAUGUGUUGUUUUCAAGUGCUGUGCCAGGCCAAGAAAUUGGUUGCAACAGACACAUACAGUACUAUACAAACAGGCACAUCAGGCAUUCACAGUACACAUACGCACACAUGCACGCACGCACACACACACACAUACACACACACUCAUGCCAGUUCCACUUCAAGAGGGUACUGGGCCCAGGAACAAAGCUUAUCCCUUCAAUACUUAGCUGGAGUCAGCAAAAUGACUUGAAGACGACGUUCAUAAUAAUCUUAUCACACCAAAUAAAGGGACGCUGCGUCUUUCAAAAAAAAAAAAAAAAAAAGAAAAAAAAAGAAAAAAAAAAAGAAAAAAGGGUUCUCCCACUUACCCAAAAA